AUGGCGGACGACGAAUCACCACUUGUUCGAGAUAUCUUAAUUAGUGCAGCCAUAAUGUAUGAUAUUAAUGAUGAUAGUCUACCUCAUACUGACUUCAUUGAUACUGACAUGCAAACUGAUGAUGAAGCUGUUGUUUCUCCAUUUGAUUUAUUCUCGUUGAAUUUUAAAGAAGAUGAACUAAUAGCAGAGACAAUAUCAGCCGAUCAACUUUUAUCAAAUUCUAGCUUUGAUCUUCCACAAAUUUCUUCAAUUCAAUCAUCUUCUUCAUCAAUCUUUACUAACUGGCCACAUCAUAUUAUUUCAAGCUGCUCUUUUCCAAUUGAUUUUAAUCAUCAUUCUUCCUUUUCAUUAUCGUUUAGCAAUCCUCCUGAACCCAUCUAUCAUGUACGAUAUUUAAGUGAAAUUACAAAUUCACCACUCGAUGGUAAUAUAGUUAAUACGAAGAAAAAAACAAAAAAGAAUGUUUCUGGACGAUAUCUGAAAGGAACACAUGGUCGACAUGUUACAAUCGAUUUUCCAAUUAAUUUGCCUGAUUAUUUUGAUUUUUUCAUACGUGUUACUCGUCUAACCGUUCCUUAUCAAAAUAUUUCAUUCAUUCAUCCAUAUCCUCUUCUUUAUUCACCUCCAAAGAAAAAAACACAUUCUGACGUUAUCAUCAAAGCACCAUCAAUUUAUUAUAAACUAAACAAAGGAGAACUUUGUUCUCAUUCAAAACGAUUCCCCAAUAUCAUUCUUACUCGUCUCAAACAAUGUCAUCUUAAACAUAUUAAUACUUUACAUUUAUUUGAUAACAGUGACAUCACAUAUCCAUUCAUUGGCAAUAAUGCCAAAAGCAAGAUUGCUACUUAUCAAUUAAAAAAGUCUCAACUUGAUUUUCGUCUUGUUAUUAGAUGUAAUCAAACAGGUGAAUUCAUAGAUCUUAAUAUUUCAUGUCGAUCAAAUCCAUUACUUGAAGAAGAAGGAACUGAGUGUAAAAAAUUAUCGUUAUCACCAUCUUUAUAA